AUCCAUUGGCCUAGUACACCUCUGCAGGCAGAAGAAUGCACAAUUAAAGGAAGAGAUGCUGAUGAAUGUGCAAAUUACAUCCGUGUCCUUCACCGAUACAACAGAACGCACCUUCUGGCUUGUGGAACAGGAGCUUUUGAUCCACUCUGUACUUUUAUUAGAGCUGGACAUCCAUCAGAGGAUCAUCUGUUUCAACUGGAAUCGCACAAAUUUGAGAGAGGACGAGGGAGGUGCCCUUUUGACCCCAGUUCUUCCUUCACCUCCAUCUUAAUUGGUGGUGAACUUUUUACUGGUCUCUACAGUGACUACUGGGGAAGAGAUGCUGCUCUGUUUCGCACCAUGAAUCGCAUGGCUCAUCUUCGAACUGAACCUGAUAGUGAGCGUCUGUUAAAAGAACCAAAAUUUGUUGGCUCAUGCAUGAUCCCUGACAAUGAAGACCAUGAUGAUAACAAAGUAUAUUUCUUCUUUACUGAAAAAGCAUUAGAGGCCGAGACAAGCGCUCAUGCCAUAUAUACCAGAGUGGGACGCGUAUGUGCGAAUGAUAUGGGAGGCCAGCGAAUGCUUGUGAAUAAAUGGAGCACUUUCCUCAAAACCAGGCUAGUUUGCUCUGUACCUGGGAGAAACGGAAUUGAUACACAUUUUGAUGAAUUAGAGGAUGUGUUUUUGCUGCAAACUCGUGAUAAUAAAAAUCCAGUGAUAUUUGGCCUCUUCAGCACUACAAGCAAUAUAUUUAGAGGAUAUGCUGUAUGUGUUUACCAUAUGGCAAGUGUCCGAGCAGCUUUCAAUGGACCCUAUGCUCAUAAAGAAGGACCUGAGUACCACUGGGCUCUAUAUGAAGGAAAAGUACCUUACCCUAGACCUGGCUCAUGUGCCAGCAAGGUGAAUGGCGGCCUGUACACUACCACCAAAGACUAUCCUGAUGAAGCUGUCCAUUUUGCCAGGAGUCAUCCACUGAUGUAUCAGCCCAUCAAACCUGUUCAUAAAAGACCAAUUCUAGUUAAAACGGAUGGAAAGUACAAUCUUAAACAAAUAGCAGUGGAUAGAGUGGAAGCCGAAGAUGGACAAUAUGAUGUCUUGUUCAUUGGCACAGAUAAUGGAAUUGUGUUGAAAGUCAUUACAAUUUACAAUCAAGAGACAGAAUCAAUGGAAGAAGUGAUUCUUGAAGAGCUGCAAGUAUUUAAGGUGAACUGUGUUUUAUAG